UUAUGUCGAGAGGUCCGUUAUCCAGGCGGACCAACGACGACUCAGACGGAGAUUCGGAGCGCAAUAUCGCGGCUGUUCUUUGGCUCGGGAUUCUUCUGCAACAUUUAACAAUGAGGUGCUUAAGAUACUCGUGACGUCUCCACUUAUCUGGAUGCCUAUUUGCUGUGAGGAUGUUACGUAAACUAGAGGCGGGAGGUGGUUAUUAAUGCGCGCUUCGAAGUCUCAGUCGAAAUAAUUACCGUUUUGUACAUAGACCACGCGGGAAAGGUUCUGUGAUCAAACAUGACUUCGACCAGACAGAUGGUGGCUAGCCUCGAAGUGAAAAAGAGGAGAAAAGGAGAAGGGUGGUGCGAUUGGAUACCGACGAGACACAUCUUCGUCCUAAUGGGCUUUCUCGGCCUCCUAAAUGUCUAUACGCUGAGGGUAAACCUGAGCGUUGCCUUGGUUGCUAUGGUGAGGGCUGUUGCAAAAAAUGGUGGGCCGGGCCACUCUGAAUGCCUGUACGAAUUGCACAACAGCUCCGCUGGGACAUUCAACGCCUCUGAAGCCUCGUAUUCGCCUCAAAGGGGAGGAGAGUUCGACGGGGACGAGACGACUCAAGGCGUCAUCCUUGGAGCCUUUUUCUACGGCUAUGUAGUCACUCAGCUUCUUGGAGGACGCGUAGCCGAAGUGCUGGGAGCAAAAUGGAUGUUUGGCUUGGGCAUCUUCAUCACAGCCGUACUGUCUCUAAUCAUUCCUGUCGCUGCGAGGGCGCACUAUGUUGGACUCAUCGCUAUACGAGCCAUACAAGGCCUGGGUGAGGGCGUAACUUAUCCGGCCAUGCAUUCAAUGCUGGCCCAUUGGAUGCCCAAGUUCGAACGGUCCACGGCAACUGCUUUGGUGCAUGCUGGAGCUCACUUUGGUGCUAUGGUUGCCCUCACCUGCUCUGGACUGCUAUCAGACUCAGACUUCUUGGGAGGGUGGCCAUCUGUAUUCUACGUCUUCGGAUUCUUCGGGUGCGUCUGGUUCUUCUUUUGGGUGUUUCUCGUCUACGACAGCCCCGAGGAACACCCACGCAUCACGCAAGAGGAGUACGACUACAUAAUUACAAACCAGGGCGAUGAGAAAGCGCAUAAGAAUGUAAAAGUACCAUGGAAGCCUAUCCUCAUGUCGAAGGGCAUUUGGGCUCUGUCUCUUGCCCAUUUUGGAUCUAACUGCAUUUAUUAUACGUUCCUCACCGUUAUUCCGAAAUACCUUGCAAGUGUCCUUCAGUACAACAUCAAGAGUAACGGUCUUAUCUCAUCGUUGCCAUACCUACUGACAACCAUCGCAAGUUGCGUCGCUAGUGUCUACGCCGACCUUCUUCGAAAACGUGGAAUUUUGGGAGUGACUGCCAUUAGGAAGCUCUUCAAUACAGCUGCUGCUGUCGUGCCUGCGGCGUUGCUCUUCGGCAUGUCCUUCGCCGGCUGCAGUCGUAUCUGGGCAGUGACGUUGUUAAGCCUUGCCGGAGCUGCGCUUGGAGUCCGUGAAGUAGGUUUCAUGGUAACACACAUCGACAUGUCACCGGACUUUGCUGGAACGCUUCUUGGUUUCACAAAUACCAUUGGCAGUGUUCGGGGAUUCUUGAUGCCAUACGUUGCUGGGGCACUCACACACGAUGAGAGUUCUAUCCGGACGUGGAGCCACUUCUACUACAUCGUCGCAGCUGUGGGUCUUCUUUGCGCCUUAGCAUUCCUCGUUUUCGGCACCGCAGAGCUUCAGCCUUGGGGCACAAGAGCUGGCUUGGAAAAAUUAUAUGGUGUCAGCGUAACUGACCAAGAGAAGAAAGAGAAGAUUGUUACCGAAGGAACUGUGUCUUAUCUGUAGGGGUCAUUGAUGGUUCUCUGGGGCCCCGAUCUUGAACUUUCACGUUAUCGUUGUAUUUAAAUUUCGCGCGCUCCAAAGUCGCUGUGGUAGGCAAGCGCAGGAGCUCCUGGCGUAUCACGGAGUGAACACAUUCCCCAGGGCGUCAGUCGUGACGUUGCCCACCUCUGUGAGGUCGACAACGGCGAGCCCUUUCAUCACCACCACCACCACCACCACCAGCUCCACCAUUUAACGAGCGUUGUGGGAUGAGGACAAGUUGAAGAUCGGGCCACUGGUGUACGGAGGUCUGGGUCACUGAGUCACUCAACGGUUGUUCGUCAAAGGUCAUGCUGCGGAAACCGUGCGGUUUUAGUCGUGGAGAGAAAAUCAAGAAAAAAAUUCUUUUAGGAAUUUGUACGUGUCUCAGAGGGUUACACAUCUGCGAUAUAUCUUCUGGCGAAUAAUUUUAUUGCUUUAUCGACUUAAUUUUGCGUGGAACGCGCUUUUCAAAUAAUCAAGGCGUACCCACGCACCACGCAAAAGGGUAUAUAGUUUCAACCCGUCAUGCUGUGGUACUGUCAUUUCAUGUCCGAUCAACCAUUCGUGUGGAAACAAAGAAGACCCAGCACUUUGAGGCGUUUCACAUUUGCAAGUGAACUUUCAUUUUUGUACCCUACCAGGCGUAACGCGAUGCCAGCGCGAAAGAACAUUUGUGCGAAAUUGUUGUUCACCUUGUCAUUUGCGUUUCAAAUGACUACGUUCCCGCUGUGCCAUCUCGUGCUCGCCUUGAGGUUUGAAUGUCAGUUUCGAACCUGGGUGUACGGCGUCCGAAAUGUACAUUGCGUAUUCGUGGUACGCUUUUUACUGCUGCUCAUGAUUUCAUCCUAUCGUCGAAACAGACAUUUGCGCAGCCCAUGUUGAGAAAUUGUUUAUUCUCAUAAACAGUUCCUUAACGCGGCAUCAUAAUACAUUGUACAUUUGUUAUCCGCACAUUUAUGCAUAAUUACAAUUAUCCAAACAAAGUGACUUAGUCACUGAGCGCUAGUUCACAUCAACAGCUACCUCUUUAAUCCCUCAUUCUCAUUCAUUCUUCUUCUUUUUGUUCUUGUUUUCCGUUCCUUAUCUUCUGUGUUUGUUAAUUGCUGAAUAUAUCACUUGAGUUGCCUGUACUUGUUGUUUUCCUAUUUGUUUCGUGUGCAUUUUUCCUAGCAGUUCUACACAUCUUAUUUAACCCUGGGUGGCCCCUCCUCUAGCUCUGCUACGGGGCCCCCGUUGCUGUCAUUGUACCUUGUACCUUGUACCUGCAAUAAAGGAUUUGAUUUGAU